GUAACGUGCCGGCAUAAUCAGAUGACAGGGAAAAGUAUCAUGAAAGCAACGGAAACAAUCUUAAAUUGUUUGAUCUAUUCCAGAACUCUGAGGACACGACUGAAGAGAAUCAGUGUAUGAAGAAACACAUUUGCCGUAGCACAUGGCUCAUGUCAGCAAAAUGGAUCACCGCCACCUCACGCACGUUUUCCUGCUGUUCUCCUUUAUUGCCACGUGUCCACCUGUAGUUUAUAGCCUACUGGAACCAUUGGCGAUGCCGGACAUCCUCCGGGAGUGUUACAGGUAUAGGACCCAGAAUAUCAGCGUUUCUGAAAUGACGUCACAGAGCCUAAACAAUUUCUGCAUCACAGACUUCCUCUCACAAACCGUUCUGCUCCGUCCCCAAAGGGAAAUAUCAAACACCUCCAUCUUAUAUGCUCAAGAACUCGUUCGGAAGGUCAUGGGACGGUUAAGUGUCGGAGGAAGAUCCAAGAGGUAUGUCCGAGAGAGGAAAGAGGUUCGCACCCUUACACGAGAGGAGUGGAACACGUUCACAUUCCGGCUCAAUGUCCUCAAAAGACCUGUGGCGUUGCCGAAUGGUGGGCAGUUUGUACCAUACGACGCUAUAUCCGACAUUCACAUGCCGCCGUUAAUUCUACUAGCAGCACACAUUGGACCCAACUUUCUUGGCUGGCAUCGGGUUUACCUCCUCCUACUUGAAGAGGCUCUCGGUGUACCGAUACCGUAUUGGGAUAGUCGACUGGACUAUGACAUGACGGAACCAACAGAUUCAAUUCUCUGGACACCGGAGUUUUUCGGACAAGGUUUUGGAGUUGUGGACAACGGACCUUUUGCUGGAUGGAUCACUCCACAGGGGAUCAAUCUUAUCAGAAACAUUGGGAACGACGGAUCCCUGAUUACUGAUGAACAAGUCCAAGGUAUUCUCGCUCAGGGCAGUCACUACGAAGUCGUGGAACCAAUCCCAAGACUAAGCAUAGAACGAGUGCACGACGGGCCGCACGUGUGGGUUGACGGACAGCUGUCAGCGUUAGCCACCGCCCCACAGGAGCCCGUUUUCUUCAUGCAUCACGCUUUUGUUGACUACAUUUGGUAUCUGUUCAGGAACUCGCUGCGUGUUGAGUACCCAGGAAUAGAUCCGCAAUUCGACUACCCCCUUAAAGGAAAUGUUUUGCAUGCUCCGAACGCACAAAUGAUACCUUUCAAUAAUUUGCGAAACAUCCAAGGGUACAAUAACUUCUUUGAGUCCCGUACAAUAUAUGCUCCGUCGCCGAGUUGCCCUGAUUGCAGUAACAGUCCCUACUUGGUUUGUAAUCAGACUAUUGGAAGAUGUCGCUCCCUUUCUGCAGCAGAAGUAUCACCGACUAUGGUUGCCCCAUUUGGAGCUGCUGCAGCCAGUGCAUUUGUCGGAGGAACUGCCGCUGUUGGCCAACUCAGGACACAGUCACUCGUGCAAGAGAUCGGAUCACUUCCGAUAGGUUCACGCUUUAGAGUUUUCAGCCGAGAUCCACGAACAAGAGGGGAUACUAUUCCAAAUGCACCGCUGCCUUCGAGGAGAAGGCGAAGUUUUGGGAAAGAUUCAAAUGUGAACAAAGAGAUACGCCAAACUGACAAUAUGGGAACCAAGAGUCGCGUGGAAGAUCCACAGAUCAAUAAACAAUACCUAAAUACAUAUGUUUUGAAUGGUGUCAGUGAUGCUAAUCUUUGGGUUUAUAUACCUGUGAGGGUUAUUUACGAGAAACCCUCUGAAUCUUCAACCAGACUGGAUGGAUCAAGACAGAGGUUUUCGUCCAAUCUAGUUAAUGUAAGUCAUAUACAAGAAAGUAACAUUAUAAAGUCAGUUCCACAAAAUAUCCCAGCUUCAUCUCCUAAGUGUCAUAUAUCCGGUUCCGGAGCCUCAAAGGUUUACGUCCAGACCGACGGUAUUGACUAUUCCGGCAGAUACAAGGAUUAUGCUGUAGUGGAUGAGAGACGGUCUAUCUCCUCUUCCAUGACUUACGUUGGAGUCAAAAACCCCAAACAUAGCGCAGCAAAAUUCUAUAUGACUGCUUUUGACUCUUGUGGUCACGCUUGUAAACCCAAAUGUCUAGUUAAUGGUGAGUAUAAGUCAUGUUCAGGAACUUUCCAGAUCACGUCUUCUACCCCAUUAAUGUACGGAGUGACCAUUGACGAGGCUGUCGGGGAGUUAUGGGAAACAGAAGACAAACGUCCGGUUGUCUCAGCACAAGGCAAUGCACCCGUGGUAUUUACUUGUAAGGUGUACACAGAUUGGCCAUGGGAUUUAUCUUGAUGUGUUAUCGAUGACGUUAUCA